AUGGUAGGCACCAUGAUAGAGAGCUCAAGCUACAGUGCAAGUACCAAUGCAAGCACCAGCAGCAUUAGCAACAGUACAAUGGCUCCAUGGUCAGCCGCCAAUCUCAAGCGCGCUGGCCCCGUGGCCGUGCCCGAGACCGUGGCGUGGCUAAAUUACUUGACGCUGGAGCUCACGACAAGCAGCAGCAGCAAUGGCAAAAUGCAGUACCAAUUGACGAUGCAGUACAGGCCCAGUCAGCAUAAAGUUGCGUCUUGUGCAACGUGGUCUGUAAGUCGAAGCUUUGACGAGUAUAAAGGCUUUCAAAAACGGCUUUUAAAGCGGUUGCAACCUGGUCAUUCGUGUAGCGCCGAAUGCAGGUGGCUUUACAAGGUCGCCAAGCACUAUUUUCCUCAGAAAUCUCUGUUCUGCAACAACUGUCCCAAGGUCGUGGCGGCCAGGCAACAGACGCUCAUUCGCUGCCUUACCACGAUACAAGCCUCACUUGUGAAUCGAGGCAACCACAGUUGCUGCGUGCUUAUACACGAUGUGGCGGCCGAGUUCAAUCGCUUUGUGGUCAAGGGCAUGAAAGAUCUGGAGGCGAACGCCACGACUGCCGAUUCGACCGAGCUUAGCGCCGUCACGCGCGACUCAUUGGACUCACUGGACUUGGACGACGACAGCGAGCUGGAAGACGAAGAGGAGGAGGAGGAGGAAGAAGAAGAAGAGCGUGAGUGUGACGCUUGCCAUAGUCGACAUGUCGUGUGCCGUACUCACAGCAAUUUAAAAGCGUAA